GGCCUAUUUAUUCAAGUUUUAACAAGUGGUAGACCUAAUAGUUUAGUCAAAGAACAACAAAUAAAUAUUCCUUAAUUUAAAAAAGGCCAGCUCCUGACCUUCCGUGAAUAUAGGCCAUAAAUUCACUUUUUCAUAUUUUGAUGCAUCAGUAUGAUACUAAUAGGCCUAAUUUCUACUUGCUUUUAACAAUCGUGUUAUCUCCAAUUUUUUUUUGCUCUUUAAAGAAUGGGUGUUCGUUACAAGCUUGCAGUUGGUCUUGAUAAAGGCCACAAGGUCACCAAAAUUGAAGGUGGUAGGAAGACCAGACCUACUCGUAGAAAGGGGGUAAGUAUCUUGUCAUUUGAAGUUCGUUGUCUAUUUCAGUUUAGGCCAGGUUAUUUAGGUUUACAAUUUAAAUUUAGAUGAAUUUGAGGGUUAACUUUGCAUCUCUUCUUAGCUUGCUUUUUUAAAAUAAAUUAAUUAGAGCUAGUUGUAAAGUUCAUUUGUCAUUCUAAUAACAGUAGCUGUGAGUGUGAGAUAUCAACCUGAGGCAGUGGCGUAGCGAGGGUGUUUGGCGCCCGGGGACAAGAUCCAUUUUUAGCGCCCCUUUUUCUUUUUUUCAACUCUCAAACCCAUUAUUUUCAUCAAUAAAAUAAUAUCAAAGCACAUUUUGGCGCCCUUAAACUAGCUGGCGCCCGGGGACAUCUGUCCCCCCUGCCCCCACCACGCUACGCCUCUGACCUGAGGGGUCAAAUUUAUUUGUAUAGGACUAGUAUGCAAACACAUUGUUAUUCAACUUAUAUUAGCCAUGAGACCUAAAUAUACUAUUCUAAACCUCUGCUGUGCUGUUGUGCAUUUUUAGCCUGAUUGUUCAUUAUUGACCUGAAAGAAAAAAUAGUUCCAUUUAAGGAUUUUUAAAAGUUUGUCUGUACACUUAAGAUUCAAUAUUCUUUGUUUUUUCCCCCCAAUUUGCUUUAUUUAAUGAUAGCUAAUGUCUACCAGGAGAGGACAUAUUCCUUUAUUUUGCUUCUGUGGUAGCUAAGAAAACUUUUGCUGGUGGCUUUACCUUUUCUUCACUUCUGGGUUGUUCUGGAGGCUUUUAUCCCGGUUGAGUUUAUAGUUAAGUCUGUUUUCUUUCACUUCUCAGUGAAGUUGCCUUUAGAACAAGGUAUUAUAAAUAAUUUUAUAAUUGAUGAAGCAUAAUCAUUUAAAUAUAUACCACUGGUUCCUCCAAAGUUCCUUUGCGGUUGUAAUACUUCUUUUAAGCAGUGGUCAACUUCAAAGUUGUUCUGUCGUUCCAGAGUUUCUGUGGACACAUUAGAUCCUUAUGUGCCAAAUCCUCCAAAAACAGGCUCGAUAAAGUUAAUGGUGCUUCACGAAGGCGAAUAUUGCGUUUUUAGCUAUUAGAAUCUAUCUUAUACUUGCACCAUGAGUUGUUCGACAUAAAUUAUGAUUUGGUGUGGUCUCAUUUGGCAGGUUUUAAAAUUUCACUAAUUGUUCUUUUUUUCACAAUGGCGAAAGGCUAUAAUAGUUCUUAUAUUUCAGGAUUCACAUAUUCAGGGCAGGGUAUAGAAAUAAAAUGAUGUAGCUUGUGGUCUGGAAAAUGUUUGGGGGCCUUUGAUAUAAAACCUGACUGUGCAAUAAUUUUUGUCAUUGAUGAAUUAAAACACCUUUUAACUUUACAUUUGUUUCUAUUUAGACUGCCACAAAACACGCAAAAUUUGUUCGUGAUCUUGUAAGAGAGAUUGCUGGAUUUUCACCUUAUGAAAGAAGAUGCCAGGAGUUGUUAAAAAUCUCUAAAGAUAAGCGUGCACUUAAGUUCUGCAAAAAGAGGGUGAGUUUUGGAAUAUUAACUUUUAAUAGUGCACCCACCUAAUUUUUUUUUCUUUAAUCCUAUUAAAUGUGCUACCAUUACUCAAAAAGUUAAUCACAAGAAAAUAUUUUAAUCAUCUGUAUUUUAUCAACACAUUUUGAUCUUAAUUUUGUAUAAUUUCCAUUACUGUAUAUAUCAUAGAAAAAAAUACACCUGUAGUCGCAUCUUGGAGUUACCCGCAUUUUUUAAGAUGGGAUUUACCAAUAUACACACUUUGACUAAGCAGUUCCAAACAUACCAAUAAUGGUAUAGCAGACCUGUUUAACUCUUACGAUUUUGUUGUACAAUGUGUGAUUUUACAUAUGUAUAAGGUGUAUACAUUAUACAUAAUGUAUGUUAAUUUUUUUACUAUUAAGAUAGUGUAUUGAAAGAUUUUGUAAAGAUAUUGUACAAUUUUAAGAGUUUGAGGGUAAACAGGCCUGGUAUAGCAAAGUCCAUGAAUAAUUUAUGGUUUUAUAUUUUUCAGUUGGGUACACAUGUUAGAGGAAAGAAGAAGAGAGAAGAGAUGCAAGUUUUACUUCAGAAGAUGAGGAAGGCACAACAACAUGCUGCAAAAUAAUUUCCUUUUCAAUAAAUGUUAAAAAAUUAUGUUGUCUUCUCUUUUUUAAUAACCAUGGAAUAUUUUUUGUUAUUAGAAAAACAUUUACAAGGGAAAACAAAUAUAGGAAGUCAGAUUUUUUUCCAUUAAGGAGUAACCAGCAUUUGUUUUUAUUUUUAAAUCAGGAUGGUGAUAUAAUUGUUAUAACGCAAAGGUCAAAAUUAUUUAUAGGAUCAUAAAAACAGAUUCAUUCAAAUGUGUCAGGAUAAUUUCAUUCUUAUUAAUGAAAUUAAUGCAAAGAACUUAAGUUUUCUGAUGGAAUAAUGUUUUUCCCGUGUUAGCUUAUUAGAAAAACAUUCUUCCAGACCCAAUACAAAAUUAAUGCUAGUAAAAACAGUGCAUAUUAAACUUAUGUAAUUUUUUAAAACUUUGAUAGUCCAAGAUGAACUAUUCUGAGAAUGCUAAUGACUUUCUUAGAAGUUAAGUUUAUAAGAUCAUCGAAACUGUAUGACACUACACAUGUCAGUGUCAGAAAGUGAGUUUAGUGUAUAGCAAUUACAUCCAAACUUUCCCAGGUAAUGCCUGCAUCACCAGCUUGAUUUGUCUGUGGCGAAAUUAAAAUCAGACAAAAUAAAGCAUAAGAUGUGACAUAAUGCUAUAGGAUUGUUACAGUACAAUGUUUGUGCUUAGGCAUAACUUGUUUUAUGAUCCUUCAGUGCAAUGCUUUCGAAAGGACAAAUUAUCAGCACAGUAUCUUCAACUGCCAAAUAUACAUAUGAAUACAUUUUUAUGAUUAGUCUAUAUUUUACAACCUGGAGGCUUCAUUUAUUUUUGGUACUGUGUAGCAUUCUAUUAGUGUUGAAUUAUUAUUAUGAUGAUCCUAUGGUACAAUUUUAAAGCAAGAGGAAAAAAACCUACAAAACUUGAAAUUUCCUGUUUGUUUUUUAGAUUUUUAAAUAAUAUAAUUUAUAUUUAGGGACGUCUUAUAAGUAAUAUUAGGUCAAAUUUUUACUAGAUCUCUUGGGUCAGUAAAUUUAAGGAUGGUUUGCAACCCUGCAGCACUGGUGGUAUAUGCUUUGUGAUACAACUAAAAAUUAAAAGUAUUGCCAUUGUAUGGCACCAAAGGUACUAAGUACCGGUACCAUAUCUAAUUUUUCCCUGAACGAAAAUAUAAAUUAGUCCUGGUAUCUGCCUCUUCAAAACCAUACUUUAUCCUGCUAAGUUAUAUUUACUUUAAAUUAAUUAAAUAAAGUUCUAAGGCUGUGCCUAUAUUGAAAAAUAAAAAUUUGACAAUCUCGCAGUAUGGCAAAGGUGGAUUAGUAAACUCUAUAACUGUUAUAUAACUAACAGUAGAUUAAGUGAGCCUAAAGUACAACAAGCUCAAACAUUUUAUUUGGGCUUUAGUUGUUUCAGCCCAUUGUAAAAGAUAAGUACCAGUAUCACUGAACACAACCUUCUCCUGCAUUUCACUUAGCUGAGUUUGCUUUGCAUAAUGCAGUUUAAAUACUUGUUUGAUGGCAAGUAUAUUUAAAUUAUUAAUAUAACUGACUUGUAUUAUUUUAAGUUUUGUUUUCAAGGAUAAAAUAAAAACUGCCUUCAACUUCAAUGUGGAAACAUCAUUCUAAAAUUUGACAAUCUGCCCAAAUGCAAUUAAAAAUGCUGAUAUUUGUCUCAAGUGCAUUUUAUAGUAUAGUCCUCACCUUUUAACAAAUCGCAACUUUACUAAUGAAUUUUAUCACGUAAGUAAACAAUGGGGUCCUAAGGGAAUGUAUGUAUCAGUCAAAUCAGUUUAUUUUUUAAAACUUUCACGCUUUUGGCCUUUUUGCAUAACAGACCCAUAAAUUAAAUUGUCAAAAAGUUCAACAGAACUGUAUUUACAUAA